AUGCCUGUUUAUUCUCUGGGCCCUGGUGGUAUUACCACUAAGUUUCGCUCUAAGUCAAAGUCCCAGCAAAGAAAGAAGCGGGAAGAACCGCAGAAGCCAAAAGAGUACUCCACAACAUUAGUGCCACAUGAUAUUGCCUCAUGGGAAGUGGCUCUGCAGGCCGGGAUAGAUCCUAAUACCAUAUGGACGGAACAAGACUUAAAGCAAGAGUGGCUCGAACAAAAGUACAAAUGGUGUAGUUGGAAUACUCCAAUCCAUUUGACCCUGUUUUUGGAAGAUUAUGCUUCUGCCGAAUUCCUCUUGAACUCCGGUGCUGAUGUCAAUCUAUAUAAUGCAUUGGGUAGGACGGCGUUAAUGGAAGCGGUUCAUAGCCAUCGCAAUAAGACAGUGGACUUCUUGAUCGAGCAUGGCGCAGAUCUUAAUGCUCCUGUUGUUGAUCCAAUGUUCCAAGAGACGACUUACUGGGAUACGCACGAACAAAUCGAAGUGGAUACUCUCCCAAUCUACGAAGCUAUACGCUUUGCGGAUGCGCAUAUGGUACAGAAGCUGGCUGAAGGUGGCGCUGAUGUGAAUCGUGCCUCACGGGAUGGUUGGAUGCCCUUGGAUAUUGCGUUGCUCGACAAGCAGGGUCCUACGAUAGAUGCUCUUCUCAAGCACGGAGGCCACCUUUCUAGUGUAGCCAGCAGUCGGAUGCAUUUUGGUGACAAGCUCCGCACCAUGGCACGCAAGUUGUUUUCUGCAUCGACUCAUCGGGAGUUGUUCCCUUCUCAGGACCUCCUGAAAGUGUACUGGUGGGUUAUAUCGACACCAGACAUCCAGGACAUCUUAUCUGCUCGGGAUAUAGAUAUAUCCCUUACAAGUCGCCACCUGAUCAAGAGCUUCUUUAACACUCUCUGUGAGAUUGCCAAAACAGAGGACCUUCAAGUUAAAGAAAAGCCUUUCUGCUCCCAAUGCGUCGCAUUUCAGAUGUGGGCUUGUCCAACAUACGAAGCGCGACGUGAUGCUCAGGACACUAUCACGUAUGAUGAUUGUGCUGUGUUUGAGCUUUACCCUUUGCGAGAUCUCUUGGAAGAGUCGGCUCGUCUUGGCUGUCCGCUUUGUAGUAUGAUAGCUGAUGGUAUCGACAAGCAAGAGAGCUAUCAACGACGCUGGCUAGACAAUGAGAGUGAAACGAAAAUCGAAAAAUUUGAUACGGAAGUGGUUGGAGCCGUAUUACUUGAACUUGCCCGUCCAGGAAGUUCCUUUUACAUGUUACGCAUAUUGAUGGGUUCAUCUCUCAACUUCGUUCUUCAUUUAACCCAUUUAGACGCAGAAGAUACAAUCCUCAACACAUGUCACUAUAACGACAGGAAGACCGAGACAAAUUCUCCGGAAGCCUUCAAACUGGCUAAACAUUGGCUUAGUACAUGCGAGCUAUCACAUAAAACAUGCAAGAAAUUCUGCUUUGGAGAGAUGCCUCUCCCAACCCGUGUCAUUGAUGUGGGGGACGAGACAAGAGCUCCGUUUCUGUUCAGAAGCCAAGGUUUGAAAGGCAGAUACUGCGCUCUUUCCUACUGCUGGGGAAAAGCCACACCUUCUUCGAGUUUCUACAAGACGACGAAAGUAAACUUAUCGAGCCACGAAAACACGAUACCUCUCCACAAACUACCUACAACACUGCGGGAUGCCAUUGUAGUUGCUCGCAAUCUUGGGUUCCAAUACAUCUGGAUCGACGCCAUCUGUAUCGUUCAGGACGAUGAAGCAGAUUGGGCCUACGAGGCUGCAAAAAUGCAGCACGUUUAUGCUGGCGCAUCGCUCACUAUUUCGACUGUGGCUUCGAGUAGCAGUGAGGAUGGCUUAUUUCGGCUCCGUCAGACUCGCAACUCAACUGCAGUCUGCUUAAAUUACAGAAUACCCAAGGCAUUCCGUGAAUAUGCGUGGCAAGCAGGAUCGAUGAGCCCCGAGGUCCCUGAUUCGCCCAUGUAUCUCGUCGCGUGUCCCAAUAUCCUCCCUGCCAUGGAGCUUUCCAUGUCCGGACCCGUACACGAACGGGCAUGGACGCUGCAGGAGCAAAUGAUGAGCACCCGGGUUUUGUACUAUGGCCGUGGGACACUCUGGUGGGAGUGUUUCGAUCUAUACGCGUCCGAGGGCCAGCCCGGACCAUUACGAUUGUCAGAUUACGCGCCCUGGGAAAGAUAUGAGACAAAGAACGCAGUUCGAGGGGCACGUACAUACCAGUGGGGGGAUGCAGAUGUGUUUAAGCAUUGGCAACAACUAGUAUACGAUUUUACUGGUCGAGCCAUGACAGAGCGACGAGACCGGUUGACUGCCAUCGUCGGCUUGGGCCAUGCCAUGGAACCAUUUAUGAAGAGCAAAUUUGUUGCCGGUGUAUGGUCAGGCGAUCGGUUGCUAGAGAGUCUCUGCUGGGAAGUUCGUGUCCAUGAACAAUCGAUGCGUAAUCCUCAAUUUCCGUCAUGGUCCUGGGCCUCGGUGACUGCAUUCGUUCUUUUCGACCUCACAGGCCAUCACGAGGCAUACGGAGCAAUGCGACGCAUUGCUGAUGUCGUCUCUUUUGAUGUGAAUAUUGCUGACGAGGCACAGACGGCAGUGACGGGCUCCAUUACCCUUAAGGGGACAAUCGGAAGACUAGCAAAGCCCGCGACAUGGAAUACAGACGAGUCAUAUAUAGAUCCGUACCGACAGGAUUGCGAAGCUGACCCUAUCAAUCAAUGCUGGUAUAUCGAUGUUCUUGAAUCUGAUAUGUGGACUCCAGCAAGACGCGUUCGGCUGUUAUUGCACCAAGAAAACAUUGAAACUCAAACGUUUAGGCGGAUCGGAAUUGGUCUGGGAGACAAUGAGGGCUGCUCUGAAAUUAUGGAAAAUGAGGUUAUUGUACUUGUUUAG